GAUAACCGGGCGGCAUACCGAUGACUUCUGCUGGUGGUCGGUCCGACUGGAUGCUGGCUGACGGCAACGGACUGCAAGCCACCGCGCUCAGUAGGAUAUAGACGGUCGGUGCGACGCCAGCGUUAACGGUGAUUGUCCGCAGUUCGCCAGUUUCGGAGUCGUGAAGGAUUUUCCUCUUAGCGCCUGAAGCGGAUUGUGCUGCUGUGUUGUGUUUUUCCGAGUGGUGCCAAAGGGCAAAAUCGAAGGAUAACGGAAAAAUCGGUUCCGGCACGUGGAGUGUGAUACGUGUGGCAGCGCAUAUUAGGAUUUAUGCGAAAUUGCCUGUGAAGGUUAUAACCUUGGAUUUGGCGGGUGCUUCCUGUUCGGAAUGAUCAGCUUUGCUGGUGUUUGAUGCUGGGUGGUGUGGUUUAACGGCAUUCUAAAGGAUUAUUAUUUGCCGUGGAUGGUUGGUGCAGUGAGAAGUAAACAAGAAGAAGCGAGAUUGAGAAGCUGGUGUCACAGCAUAUAUGAAUAACGUCUUUGAUAUCUCGUUGUGGAUUAAUGGAUGUAGAAAAUAAUUGUUAUUACACCUGUGAUUGUGAGAAUGCAUUUCAAUUAACAUGAAGUUUAUUAAGUAUGAGAAAAAUUAAUACAAAACAUAUUAGGAGUUCAACUCCAUUAUUAUUGCGAAGAGGAAAUUGCUACGUAUAAUUUGUGAAAAUGAUAACGAAGAUAAGUGAAUGGGAAUUCCUGUGACAAUAUAGUUUGACAGCAAUCCAUUCGGUUUUAUAACAACGUACGGGCAGUUUAUAACCAUAGAAUAACAUAAAAAAGUGAACAUUAUUCGUAGUGGUGGCGCACAGUACAUUCAAAAUCAAUUAGCACCAAGUCCUUGGAGGUACAAACAAGUGUUAAGUUCUAUCAACGAGUUGUACAAAUCGGUUAGCGUGCGGACAAAUCCAGGCAGGAAGGUGCGGAGCCACCAGAAAAGCUGCUUCCUGUUAGCGGUGGAUGGGAUGUGAUGCGAAUAAAUUAUUCGAUCUCGGUGUGGUAGUACAUAUGGCGCAUUUGAGUGCUAUCCGGUUGUGAAUAAAAUGGUGCACUACGUCGAAUGGCCAGCAUCCUGGUGCAGCAUCGGAAGGCAACGUUCAACAGUUCAUAGAGUGAUUAUCGAGUGGUGUUGAGUGUGUGAGCGGAAUAACUUUAGUGGAUGACGAUCGGUGUGCGUGGUGAUCUGGAUUUAUUUAUCAUCAUGCAUAUAUUUAAUGAUAAAACCGUCAAAUCGCGAACAAAUUGAACUCAAAGGACAUCCUACCUACCGAGAAUAGAAAAUGCAUCCGCCGCUGCAUAGCUUAAUCGAAACGUGCAAAUCCAAUUAAACAGAAAACAGGACAAUGCAGAGUGCAAUCAUCGGUGGACUGUUUUUGCUGGCAAACUUACAUUUCAACCAUCACAAAGCGAAAGGCAUUAUCAACGGUGGUGGCGGCGGUGCCAGUUCGCAGCAGCACAACAUCAUCAAAAAGUUUUCCCCACAUCCAUAUUUUGACUUUGACGUGCCUCGCAACAUCACAACCCGCGUGGGUCAGACAGCGUUCAUCAAUUGCCGCGUCGAGCAGAUCGGAGAUAAAUGGGUUUCCUGGAUACGAAAGCGAGACUUGCACAUCCUGUCUGCGGGAAUGGUUGUUUACACCUCCGAUGAACGAUAUCAGGUGACUCGUUCGGAGAAGUCCGAGGUGUGGACGAUGCAGAUAAAAUUUGCCCAACAGCGAGAUGCUGGCGCCUACGAGUGCCAAGUCAACACAGUGCCUAAAAUGUCGAUGACAUUCCAGUUAAAUGUAGUCGAGGCGAAAGCCCUCAUCCUCGGACCAACAGACAUAUACGUAAAAAUCGGCAGCGCCGUGACGCUGACAUGUAUCAUCACCCAAGGACCACACGAUUUGGGCACAAUCUAUUGGUAUCGAGGGACAAACAUCAUCAAACCAACGGAAACACAUCCCAACGAGACAUCGAUAGCAUAUCCGCCACGAAUAUCAGUAGAUCUCAAGUGGACCGAAGCUUUAACCUCGAGACUGAAAAUAUUGGAUGCCAAGCUUUCCGAUUCGGGCAAUUACACCUGCAUGCCCACGUCUGCCGAAGCGAGCAGUGUGAUGGUGCAUGUGUUGAACGAGGAAAACCCGGCCGCCAUGCAGCGAGGUGGCUCCAUCGCUCGACACAGUUCAACCACCUGGCAGCUCUACCUGUUGGCUGCCGCGGUGACCCUGUUCGCCCGGAUCUACUAUCGGCCCAGUCGGCGGCUCACGUAGCAAUGGCUGUAAACUGCCCCUUUUCGGAUUCAUCUCCAAUUUGGGCAGAGUACCACCGAGCACUUGAGCCACUCCAAAGGCCAACCAACAACGGGAGCACACAUGCAAAGUAAGAGGGGGCAGCGCAGAAAUAGACGUGAACAAAAUCAAUUUUUGGGGGCGAUAUCGACGAACGGCGGAUGGAGAAUGGUGGUACAACCGCCCCCACCGUGCAGAAGGGAGCGAGCAGCCAACGUUUGGUUGUUGCGAGCAAGAUAUCGUCACCAUGCUCACCAGGAGCCGAAACAAAAUGUGAUUAGUGAAAUGUAGGUUAUAAGUAGCAUAAGUUAAAAUAAGACUCUUUCGCUUAGAAUAGCAAAGCAAAUCAUUAGACCCAUCUGUACAUAGAAGCUAGAGCAUUUACGGUAGAUGGAACACAAAUCGAACACAUUGUUUAUACCUAAUUGGUUUUCAAUGAGGUUUAGCAACCAAAUUGGAAUACUUCCGAGAAUCCAUUUUGACUGUGAGUGAAUGAGAGAAAGUUGCAUUCGUUGCUGUGGACAUGUUGAAAUAAAUUGAAAUCCGAAACAUA